AUGAAAAAAAUUAUCGCACAAGAAAUUAAAAAACCAGUAGAAGAAGUUAGAGAAAUAGAAAGUGAAGUUCCCAGCGUAGAAAAAACCGAAGAAGCAAAAACAGAAGGACAAAGUUCCUCCUCUACGGCUUCCACCGAUGAUGAGAAAAUAGCAAAAGCUGUCGGAGGUACAAUUAUGGCAACGCAGGGGUUAUUUGUCCGCCAGCAGGCUACUGGGGCAGUUGCUGGCAAAGCAAUGGAAAGCAUUGGAGAUGAUACUGGCAAUCCAAAUGUAGGAGCAGCAGAAGUCGCUGCUAAGGGAGUAGUUGGAGAAACAGUAAAAGAAGUAGGAGUCGAAGGAGCCAAAAAGGUGUUUAAUGGAUAA